UCUCAAAACUGUUUAUCAAUAAUUUGUGUUUUUGCACAUCAAGUCUGACAUACUCCGAUCGCGGAUGAUACUGUCUGAAACCGACAGUAAAUAUUCAUAGCCUACCUCAUCAUUCUGUUGUAAUUACCGUUGGCAUCGUUCGAAAUUAAGGUAGCCAGACAAGACGGCGAACCCAUCCGGCUCGCAGCAUAUUUUGCGGGGGCAGCAUUACUACGCGUCAGUCAAUCGUCGGCGUGCAACAAGGUAACUUUGAUUUUGAAACGAGGCUUGAGGGGACUUUGAGGGUACUGCGGGAAUCACGGACCUUCAGGCAUAUUUAAACUGAACGGAACCACGAUAGCUUCUCUUAGUUUGCUUCACUUACGCAUCGGACUUAACGCAACGAACGGGAACUAGUCUAGGAAUUACAGGAGUGAUACUGCGUGUCACGGAAUUAAAAAAAGGACUUAUUUUGGACAACCAGAAAACACACUAUGUUUCGUCACUUGCCGUUCACGAUAGGUGUCGCUAUUGUCCUCCUAAGUUGCCUAGAAGCCCGACCAUACGCCAUCCAAGAGGAGUACUUACCCCUUGAUGAUGAAUUCGAAGCGGACGCAUUCCGGGAAAAUGGCGACGAGAAGCGGUCAAUGGACCUCAGUGUUUCCGGCUCACUCGCGGCCCUCUCGGACAUGUUAAUGUGGCAGCGACAGCAACAACAGCAACAGCAACUUAACGCUCUUGGGAAACGUGGAUCGGAGUUUAAUAAUCAGGAAACCGAGGAACUUUUAAAACAACUGCAGUUACUACGUGAUUCGGCUUCCGGCAUGCGCAAAAGAUCCGGUAGUGAGCUGUCGGUAAUGGGCUCUUUAGAUGCUCUUUCUGAUAUCAUUUCGUCGCAAAAUGCCAGACAUAAACAUGACAUGAUGCAGGCCAACCACCAGCGCUUGCUCCGACUAGGAAAACGAGACACUAGCGCCAACCUAGAAAAAACGAAAAAUGAGGAAACGAAAAAGGCUGACUGAUCACCGAAUGCCAAUGUCAGAGCAAACUUCAAGAGGCAACGAUACAGUUAUUCCAAUGAAAACAAGGCUCUUUAUUUUGGAACACCCUGUUUGAUAAUAUUGAACCUUUUAUUGUCCGUGUUCAUUAGAUUUAUUAUUUAUGACGAUUUUUCUCACCGGUGAUGCACUCAAAACUGGAAAAGUCUGGAUCGGAGUGGAAUUAAAUGGAAAAAGUCUAGUAAAAUAGUCCGGGAUAUUGUCCCGCUGGUUUUGUUUUUAUUCCUCGGAAAGAUCACAAAUGUCUACAAGUGUACAGUGCUAUACAUACCGGGAGAAAAGUCAAUUGUACACACGUACAGUGCUAUACACACAGGGAAAAUAAUCCCGAUUUCAUUUAUCAUAUUUUUGGUUAUGCGGUGCAGGGUGUUUUCUACAUGACGGCGGCACUAUAAGAAUGUUGCCAAUGGACAAUUUCUUUGUGUCUGUAUAGCACUGUAUGUACCUCUUUGGUAAUUUGCUCCUACGAUCAUUUCUCGUCGUGACCUCUUCGUCUAAGCACAUGAGUGGGUUGGUUAGAACUUCACUUCAUGUAUGUUCGACCUUUCCAGUCACAGUCUGUGGCAGUUCACAUAUCCGACAGUAAGAAGUAGGGUCCGCAAUCGUGUAUAGGUGGCGAAAGUUAAAGGCUAAAAAGGAGCACUUUGAAGGGUAUUUUGUAAACAAAGGAAUGGUGGUGACUCUCGCCAUCAAUACACGAUGAACUAAAUUUUUACACACGAUCUGACGUGUGAAAUAAACCAUGCCAAGAAUGUAUUUUGUCUCAAA